UGUUACGAAUAUUAAAAAAUCGUUGACUGAUAGAAACUGAAUAGGAAUUCUCAAUUGUUCAGUGUAACUCAUGGCUAAAUUUUAGCUAUAAUUAAAAGAACGAGGGAGUUAAAUAAAGUCGUAAUAACGGAGAAUCUGUUUUUCAUUAAAGAUGCAACUGGAAAAUUGAAAACAUGAUGUUUUUAAAAAAUACUAAAAUAAUUCCACUAUGUGGGAAAAGAAUUAUUUUAUCACAAAAUAAUUUAUUAAAAAUUCCAAAACGCAAUGGUUACCUAGUACUGUAGUGUACCGGAGAUAGGAGAAGAUUUACCAGGAAAAUAUCCUUUAUUGAAAGAAGAUAAAACUCCAGAAUUUAAUACUAUUACAAUAGAAAAAUGUGUGGCUGCAAUUGGAAGGCAAGCACUAGAAUUCGAAGAAACAAUAAAAACAUUAGGGAAAAAAAUAGAGGGUGUUGAUAAUAUUUCUCCAAAUGAUCUGUUCAAAAAUGUAAUAGAUCCUAUAGAAGAUAUAAGUGCAUCUUUGACUAGCACAUGGGGUAUUGCAAAAGCGUUAUAUGUAGGAAAUCAAAGUAAAAUGCCAACACAAUAUUAUAUAAGUAUUAACAAUCGUGCUAGGAAAGCUUCCGCAUUCAAAUAUGUUAGCAAACCAAUUUAUCGGGCAUGUAAGAGUAUUAUAAAUAACAAAGAAGCUAAAUUGACAAAUGAGCAAAGAAGAAUUUUAAUAAAAUUCAUAUUAGAAGGAAAACUAAAUGGAUUAGAAUUAUCUGAAAAGGAGGAAUUAAAGUUGUCAGAUCUUAUGGUGUUAUUGUUUCGCCACAUUAAGGAAUACACCCAAAAAUUAGAGGUAGCUAUGAAGCAAUAUAAUUUUACAAUAAAAGAUCCCCAAGUUGUGGCAGACAUACCAGAAGAUGUAUUGAAACAUAUGGUAACAGAUCCUGCACGGUACAAGGUUGGACCUUGGUCAAUAAGUUUAGAUUCUGUUAUCUUGAGAUCAUUUAUGGAAUAUUGUUCUGAUCGUUCCAUGAGAUGGAAACUGUGGGAAGCAAAUCUUAUUAAAGCAUCCGUAUUUCAAGAUAAAUUAUUACAAACAAGCACACUAGUAGAAGAAAUUCGUUCCAAAAGAAUCCAACAGGCAAAUAUAUUAGGAUAUAAAUCAUAUGCUGAUUUAAGCAUGGAGUCUAAAAUGGCUGCUAGUGUGGAAAAUGUUUACAAUGUAUUAGACAAUUUACUGGAAACAGCAUAUCCUGCUCAGCAAUAUGAAAUUAACACACUGAAAACAUUUGCAAAGGAAAAUGGCCUAAAAGAAACACUUCAACAAUGGGAUGUAGCAUACUGGGGUAGAAAGCAGUUGCAUAGUACAUGCAAAUACAAGGAAGAAGAUUUGAAAAAUUAUUUCCCUUUACCAAGAGUAUUAUCUGGGAUAUUUGGAUUAAUUGAAUUUUUAUUUAAUGUAAAAAUUGUUGAAAGCAAAAAGUCAGAUGUUUGGCAUAAAGAUGUUCGAUAUUUUGAUGCUUUUGAUUUGAAACAAUCAGACAGUGUUCCAAUAGGUAGUUUUUAUUUAGAUCCAUAUGCAAGAGAAGAUGAAAAAGUUCCAAUAUCCCAAAAUGAUGGUUAUUUAGUAACAAUGCAAAAUAAGAGCAAAAUAAGUGAUACAAAACCACUGGCUGCACUAGUAUUUAAUUUUCAACCAUCACUCGGUGAUAGACCUUCUUUACUUUCACUCAGAGAUCUGCAAACUCUUUUCCAAAAAGUUGGUCACAUGUUACAACAUAUACUGACAACAGUGGACUAUGCUGAAGUAGCUGGACAUUCAUUUGUGGAAUGGGAUGCAGCAUUUGUUUCUCAAUAUUUCUUUGAGCAUUGGUUAUAUGAACCUUUUAUUUUACAACAAAUUUCUGGUCAUCACAGUACGGGAGAACCGCUAUCUACUGAAAUGAUCGAAACAGUUCAGAAAAUAAGAACGCAUUUAGCCGGUUAUAAUCUAUGUCAAAGUCUAUAUCUUUCCAGAUUCGAUUUGGAAUUAUAUUCUGGAUCCGAAUUUUGGAAUGAUAUAAUGAAACGCUUAUGGAGUAAACAUUUUGUAUUUCCAGCAUUUAAAAAUGAUUGUUUCAUCUGUUCUUUUGAUUGCAUUUUUAGUGGAGACUUUGCGGCUAACUAUUUUAGUACUACUUGGUCAAAAAUGCUUGCAGCUGACUUAUAUGGUGCUUUCAAAAAUAUACCUUCAGAUAAUAAGGAAUUAUUGAAGGAAGUUGGAAAUAGAUAUCGUGAAACAUUUUUAGCUGUUGGCGGCAGUUACUCUGCAAAUGAAGUUUUUAGAAAGUUUAGAGGAAGAGACCCUUGCCCAAAAGCACUUUUGAAAAGUCUUGAAUUGGAUCAAAAAGCCAAUAUGUUAGAAACUCUAAAUAAGCAAAUACAAGAAAAUGAAAAAAAAUAACUUAAUGAACAGUAAAAUAUAAUUUAUGUAAAAAUUAA